AUGUCGGGGCAGGUCGGAACACCCCCAGUGAACUCCACGGGAACGGUCCUCUCCAGGGAUGGGUGUGGGCCGGUUCAGACUCGGAAGUCUGGGCGAAACGAAGCCCGGUUUGCUGUUCGCGCUCAGGACGGACGGACCGAUCACGUGCUCAGUCUCUGCUUCAUGGUUCAUCUGCCCCUGGCGCCCGCCCACUUGGGCGCCUCCCCUGAAGCCGAGAGCCGAAAGGGUGAAACGGCGGACUUUAAGACCCAGCAGCACGCCGGGUGGAUUGACCGCAGGGAAAAGUCCGGGGAAAGGACCGCCCGCGGUCCGCAUGCGCGUCGGGGCCUUUCCCACGGGGGCCGCUCCGGGGUUCAUCCUCAUCCUCUCAUACACGCUGCCUCAUUUCACACCAGCUCUGCGGCCUCUGCCAAAGAGGAUUAUUACCAGGUUCUGGGAGUGCCUCGAACUGCAAGCCAGAAGGAGAUCAAGAAGGCCUAUUACCAGCUUGCCAAGAAGUACCACCCAGAUACCAACAAGGAGGACCCGAAGGCAAAGGAGAAGUUCUCCCAGCUGGCGGAGGCCUACGAGGUCCUGAGCGACGAGGUGAAGCGGAAGCAGUACGACACCUACGGCACGGCCGGCUUCGACCCUGGCUCUGCGGGGGCCGGGCAUCAGUACUGGGGGAGGGGGCCCACCGUGGACCCCGAAGAGCUCUUCCGGAAGAUCUUUGGGGAGUUUUCCGGGUCCCCCUUUGGAGACUUCCACACGGUCUUUGACCAGCCGCAGGAGUACAUCAUGGAGCUGACGUUCACGCAGGCGGCCAAGGGCGUGAACAAGGAGAUGGUGGUGAACAUCAGCGACGCCUGCCAGCGCUGUGACGGCCAAGGCCACGAGCCGGGCACCAAAGUGCAGCACUGCCACUACUGCAACGGCACCGGCAUGGAGACGAUCAACACCGGCCCCUUUGUGAUGCGCUCGACAUGCCGGAGGUGUGGGGGGCGGGGCUCCGUCAUGACGACCCCCUGCGGGUUAUGCCGAGGCACCGGACAGACCAAGCAGAAGAAGUCGGUGAUGGUCCCGGUCCCAGCAGGUGUGGAGGACGGACAGACGGUUCGAAUGCCUGUGGGGAAGAAGGAAAUCUUCAUCACCUUCCGGGUCCAGAAGAGCCCCGUGUUCCGGAGAGACGGCGCAGACAUCCAUUCGGACCUCUUCAUCUCGGUGGCGCAGGCGGUCUUGGGGGGGACGGCCCGGGCCCCGGGUCUGUACGAGACCAUCAGCAUCACCAUACCCGCUGGGAUCCAGUCCGACCAGAAGAUCCGGAUGAGCGGGAAGGGCAUCUCAAGGGUGAACAGCUACGGUUACGGAGACCACUACAUCCAUAUAAAGAUCAGGAUUCCCAAGAGACUGACGGACCGCCAGCGAGCCUUAAUGCUGAGCUACGCGGAGGACGAGACGGAGGUGGAAGGGACGGUGAACGGGAUCACCAACACCAGCACUGGUGGCUGGGGCGCGGCUAGAGCGGGGGAGAGGCCGGAGGCGGGGGGCGCCCGAGAGGAGGAGGAGGAGGAGGGGUUCCUAGCUAAACUUAAGAAACUGUUUCGCUCCUGACUCGCCCCGCCCCCCGAGGGAAACGUUCUGCCGGAAACUAGACCGAGAUGGCAGCUGCCCGGGAGCCGGAGGAGGAAGGAGUCCAGAACCUCGCC